AGCUGAGGGAAAAGGCGGGCGUGGAAGAGAGAACUUUCUGUUGUCAUGCUGAACAGUGCUUUAGAGAAGACUGUCACUUGAGACUGUUGUCAGCAAUGAAGGAUUCCCAAUGCGGCUGAACCCAGAAUUCUGACUCUGAAUGACAUGAAUUACAUAGCAUCCAGUGGACUUCUAUUCAAAGAUGGCAAAAAGCGGAUUGAUUACAUUCUGGUUUAUAGAAAGUCAAAUAUACAGUUUGACAAAAGAAACACAUUUGAAAAGAACCUCAGGGCAGAAGGCUUGAUGUUGGAAAAGGAGCCAGCCGUUGCAAAUGCUGAUAUCAUGUUUAUUAAAAUUCACAUUCCAUGGGACACGUUGUGCAAGUAUGCAGAGAGGCUGAAUAUCAGGAUGCCCUUCAGGAAAAGAUCCUACUACACUGACCCACGGAGCAAAUCAACGGGCAGUAUGCACAAUUAUUUUAGAAGACUCAAAAAAUGGAUGUCCCAAAACCCAAUGGUUCUGGACAAGUCAGCGUUUCCAGACCUGGAGGAGUCAGACUGCUACACUGGCCCCUUCAGCCGUGCGCGGAUUCACCACUUCAUAAUAAACAAUAAGGACACCUUCUUCAGCAAUGCUACUCGAAGCAGGAUAGUCUACCACAUGCUUCAGCACACCAAAUAUGAAAAUGGAAUAUCAAAAGUGGGUAUCUGUAAACUGAUAAACAAUGGCUCAUAUAUAGCAGCUUUUCCCCCGCAUGAGGGAGCCUACAAGAGUAGCCAGCCCAUCAAAACCCAUGGACCUCAGAAUAACAGACAUCUAUUAUACGAGCGUUGGGCACGCUGGGGAAUGUGGUACAAGCACCAGCCCCUGGAUUUAAUCAGGCUGUAUUUUGGUGAGAAGAUUGGGCUAUACUUUGCGUGGCUGGGAUGGUAUACUGGAAUGCUGAUUCCUGCAGCACUGGUUGGCUUGUGUGUUUUCUUCUAUGGAAUAUUUACAAUGAAUGCAAGUCAAGUAAGCAAAGAAAUUUGCAAGGCUACUGAAGUCUUCAUGUGCCCCCUCUGUGAAAAGAACUGCUCACUACAGAGACUCAACGAAAGCUGUAUCUAUGCCAAGGUGACAUACUUGUUUGAUAAUGGAGGGACAGUCUUCUUUGCUAUUUUUAUGGCAAUAUGGGCCACAGUCUUCCUGGAGUUUUGGAAAAGAAGAAGAAGUACACUGACCUAUACUUGGGACCUUAUUGAAUGGGAAGAAGAAGAGGAAACACUUCGUCCCCAGUUUGAAGCAAAAUAUUACAAGAUGGAGAGAGUGAAUCCCAUUAGUGGAAAACCUGAGCCACAUCAGCCUUCUUCAGACAAAGUCAGUCGUCUUCUUGUUUCUAUAUCAGGAAUAUUCUUCAUGAUUUCUUUGGUGAUCACUGCAGUGUUUGCAGUGGUGGUUUAUCGCCUGGUUGUCAUGGAACAGUUUGCAUCCUUCAAAUGGAAUUUCAUCAAACAACACUGGCAGUUUGCAACAUCUGCUGCUGCUGUCUGUAUCAAUUUUGUAAUCAUCAUGGUCCUGAAUCUUGCUUAUGAAAAAAUUGCUUAUCUUCUCACUAAUUUAGAAUAUCCUCGAACAGAAUCUGAAUGGGAAAACAGUUUUGCCCUGAAGAUGUUCCUCUUCCAGUUUGUUAAUUUAAACAGUUCUAUCUUCUAUAUCGCUUUCUUUUUGGGGAGAUUUGUAGGCCACCCAGGAAAUUACAAUAAACUCUUUAACCGGUGGAGGCUGGAGGAAUGUCAUCCUAGUGGCUGUUUGAUAGACCUCUGCCUCCAGAUGGGUGUUAUCAUGUUUUUGAAGCAAAUAUGGAACAACUUCAUGGAAUUGGGAUAUCCGUUGAUCCAGAACUGGUGGUCACGACAUAAAAUCAGGCGGGGAAUACAAGAUGCUUCUAUACCUCAGUGGGAAAAUGAUUGGAAUCUGCAGCCCAUGAAUAUUCACGGACUAAUGGAUGAAUACUUAGAAAUGGUUUUGCAAUUUGGUUUUACCACCAUAUUUGUUGCGGCUUUUCCUCUGGCCCCUCUUUUGGCUUUGUUAAACAACAUCAUUGAAAUCAGGCUGGAUGCAUACAAAUUUGUCACCCAGUGGCGGAGGCCUCUGCCAGCCAGAGCAACUGACAUAGGUAUCUGGUAUGGAAUUCUUGAAGGAAUUGGUAUACUGGCUGUGAUCACCAAUGCAUUUGUAAUUGCUAUCACAUCUGAUUACAUCCCACGUUUUGUCUAUGAAUACAAAUAUGGCCCCUGUGCAGGUCAUUUUGAAUAUGGUGAAAAUUGUUUAAAGGGAUAUGUCAACAAUAGCCUAUCCUUCUUUGACCUGAGUGAGCUUGGCCUGGGAAAAUCUGGUUAUUGCAGGUACCGAGACUACAGAGGUCCCCCUUGGAGUUCCAAACCUUAUGAGUUCACCUUACAGUACUGGCACAUCCUCGCUGCUCGGUUGGCCUUCAUUAUCGUGUUUGAGCACCUUGUGUUUGGAAUCAAGUCAUUCAUUGCAUACCUGAUUCCAGAUGUACCGAAGAACCUUUAUGACCGAAUACGACGGGAAAAGUACUUAGUCCAAGAAAUGAUGUAUGAAGCUGAGCUAGAGCAUUUGCAACAACAGCGAAGAAAAAGUGGUCACCCUGUUCACCAUGAAUGGCCUUAGUAGAUACCUAUUGCCAAAUGGGGGCAAUGCCAUCAGUGGGAAUGAUAGCAACUUCCAAGUCUAGGUGGGAGCUAGGAGGAAAGCAUUCCUGCCAAAACAUGUGUCUAAUAAGAUACUUGGAAAUGCAUCACAGCCAUCUCUUGGAUUUAGAAUAUCCAAACAUCCAGGGAAAAGAAAAAGGUGACUCGGGACAUUAAAAUGAUUAGGUUGGCACUGUAGGAAGCCAGGAUCUAAUUCUCAGAAGAAGCCUCAGGGAAUUGUGUGUUUGGAGACCUCCACCUUCCACCAGCUAUAGCGUAAUCCAAAAGGGCGAUGGUGAGGUUUCCAGAGACAGAUUUCCAUGUAAAUGCUCACAAGCCAGGCAUGUGUGGUUUUUGCUCACAUGCUAAUCUGACAUUGGAACCUUAGCUUGAGUUGAGAUACUCAUAAGAAAUGACUACAGUUGUUGCCUUUGUUGCCAGAAAUCCAGGUCCCUUCAGUUUACACGUUCAUAAGAAUGUCCCUUGUUUCUUGCUGAGAUUAUGGAUCUGUGCCACAGGAAAUUUAUGCUGCUCUACAUUGACUAUGCAGUUGAGGAGUUGCACAUCAGCUUUAGUUGUCGAACCAAAAAUCUGAGAUUCUAAAAAGAAUACUAUUCAUUAGAAUAACAUUCUAUUCAAAUCUGUUGUAUCACUGGCAUAACCAAUUGCACUAGAUUUCUUUUUU